CAACUCUGUGUCUGUAACUGGGGGAAAGUAGAUUAUAGACGGAGAAUUUUUUGUGGGUGCUAAAUUGACACAUGGAAUUUUCUUCAGAAAAACUUCAUCUCCAAAUUAUCCAAAACCCUUCUCUCUUUCCUCCCCAGUCUCCAAAAUUUCAUGUCCCACUACUCCAUCUUCUCCCCUACCCAGCGCGAGAACAAAAAUGCCGGUGUUCAGUGUUUCCAUGGGAUCAGUCACCGGCUACCUCUCGCAUCUCUUCAAAGCUGCCGCUUCUCACACUCAUUCUUCCUCCUUUUCUCUCGCUUACCCAUUAAAACUCCCGAAGUUCUCUCUCUGUAAAAACCCACUUCACUGCAAUGCCAAACUCGCUGCAUCUUCCGCGGAGAAUACCGAUCAAGCCUCUGCCGCCACCGGAGUUAUCGACCUUUCUUCAGAUAUGAUUCGACCAGCCCGGAGGUCUGCUGACUGGAAGGCGGCAAGAGCUUAUCAGAGUAGUGGAUCUAUCUACGAGGGUAGGGUUGAAGGGUUUAAUGGUGGAGGUUUGUUGAUUCGAUUUUAUUCUCUUUCGGGUUUUCUCCCUUUCCCACAGUUGAGUCCAUCACGCACAUGUAAAGAGCCUGACAAAUCUAUCCAUGAGAUUGCCAAAGAUGUGACAGGUUCACUUAUUCCUGUUAAGGUAAUCCAAGCAGAUGAAGAGAACAGGAAAUUGAUUUUCUCAGAAAAAGAAGCUGUAUGGUCCAAGUUCUCUGAAAAACUUAAUGUAGGAGAUAUUUUUACAGGAAGAGUAGGUUGUGUGGAGGAUUAUGGUGCCUUUGUUCAUUUACGCUUCCCUGAUGGUCUCUAUCAUCUUACUGGACUAGUUCAUGUCUCAGAAGUUUCAUGGGAUUUAGUUCAAGACAUCAGAGAUGUAUUAAAUGAGGGUGAUGAAAUUAAAGUCAAAAUCAUCAACAUUGACAGGGAAAGAUCUAGGAUUACUCUGUCAAUCAAACAGUUGGAGGAAGAUCCACUUCUAGAAACUUUAGACAAAGUGAUUUCCCAGGAUAAUGCUGUUGGUUCUCAUUCCUUGGAUAUAGAUGAAGAGAGCAAAAUUGAGCCUCUUCCGGGGCUUGAAGCAAUAGUGGAAGAGUUGCUCAAAGAAGAUGGCAUAAUUGAUGUAAGAAUCAAUCGACAAGGGUUCGAGAAACGAGUAGUUUCACAAGACCUACAGCUUUGGCUCUCAAAUGCACCACCAAUUGAUAGAAAGUUUAUCCUUCUUGCUCGCGCGGGAAGACAGGUGCAGGAGAUCCAACUGACAACAUCACUUGAUCAAGAAGGUAUAAAGAAGUCUUUGCAGCGGGUGUUAGAACGAGUUCCUUAAAUAAAAUGUCACUUUCGAUUCUGCAAAUUAUGAAGCCAUUCAUGUUUAGUUUGAAGCUUUUUCUUUAAAGAAAAAAUUGCUGUACAGAAAUUACAGACCACUGGUUAGGCCAGCAAAUGGGUUUACAUCAUAUUAUUCCUCA